AUGGGGAUCCCUAAUUUUAUAUGGGGAUUGGCAAAGAAAACAUUCACUGGAGGUAUUAUUGGGCUCACCAUUUCAGAUAGAUGUUGUAGCGUUUCUCCAGUGAGAGGAGAUUCCAUGUCUCCCACUUUCAAUCCCCAGCGAAAUUCUUUUCUAGAUGAUUAUGUGCUUGUAGACAAGUUUUGCCUUAGCAAUUACAAGUUUGCGCGUGGUGAUGUUGUUGUGUUCAGCUCUCCGACUCAUUUGAGGGAGAGACAUAUGAAGAGGAUUGUGGGGAUGCCUGGAGAAUGGAUAAGUAGUUCUCAAGAUGUGAUCAGAAUCCCAGAAGGUCAUUGCUGGGUUGAAGGAGAUAACAAAGCUUCCAGCUUAGACUCAAGAACCUUUGGCCCUAUUCCUUUGGGUUUGAUUCAAGGGCGUGUCACUCGUGUCGUGUGGCCUCCUCAGAGAAUAAGCAAGAUUGGUCGAUAG